CAUUAUUGUUCACACCAUCUUCAGUUGGCAUACAGCAACUUGAGAGAGAAAAGGUGAAGAAGAAAAACAUGUCGCAUGUAGCUGGUUUGCUCGCCUCGGCUGUGGUCUCAGCGGUGGGCAAUAAGCUGGGUUCUGCCAUUGGGGAUGAGGUCACCAUGCUGUGGAGCUUCAAGGACGACCUCAAGGACAUGAAGGACACGCUGGAGUACAUGGAGGCGGCGCUCAAGGAUGCUGAGAGGCGGUCUGUUUCUGAGGAGUUGGUGCGGUUGUGGCUCAAGCGGCUGAAGAACGCUGCCUACGACAUCUCUUACAUGCUCGAUGAGUUCCAAGCUAACAGUGAACCAACCUACAGAAAGAUGAUUGGGAAGCUGGACUGUUUUGCUAUUGCACCCAAGAUUGCCAUGGCUUAUAAGAUGAAGAAGAUGAGAGGUCAGCUGAGGAAGAUCAAAGAUGAUCACGAGAGUUUCAAUUUCACACAUGAUAACUCCAGCCUAAUUAGUGUGCACCAGUUUCCUGAUCGACGGGAAACAACAUCAGAUGUGAUUGAAUCACUCAUCAUAGGGAGAGACAAAGACAGGAUGAAUGUUCUUUCUUUGUUAGCCACAAGCAGCAACAAAGAAGAUACUACAAUUCUUCCUAUCUGUGGGCUUGGAGGCAUAGGAAAGACAACUUUGGCACAACUGGUCUUCAAUGAUGGUCAGUUCAAAGAUUAUAAUCAUCGGGUAUGGGUCUAUGUAUCCCAGGUGUUUGACUUGAAAAAAAUAGGGAACUCCAUAAUUUCUCAAGUACUGGAAAAAGGAAGCGAGAAUCUUGAUACACUGCAGUUGAUAAGCCAACGCCUUAAACAUCUACUUCAAGAUAAGCAGACUCUAAUUGUUUUAGAUGACCUAUGGGAGACAGAUACCUCCCAACUAAAUCAACUCAAGCUUAUGUUGCGUGUAAGCUCCAAGAUGAGAGUCUUGGUCACAACACGCAGCAUAGACAUUGCAAGAAAACUUUGUACUGUUGAACCAUACAAGGUAGAUCCCUUGGACAGCGACAUGUGCUGGAGAAUAAUCAAGCAAAAUAGUGGCUUUGAAUCUAGAGCUGAUAAAGAACGAGUUGAACCAGUUGGACAAAUGAUUGCAAGGAAAUGUGGAGGUUUGCCAUUAGCAGCUCAAGCACUUGGAUUCUUGCUAUCUGGAAUGGAUCUUAGUGACUGGGAAGCAAUGUGCAAUAGUGAUAUUUGGGAUGAACCAUUUUCUGAUAGUACAGUUUUACCAUCCUUGAAGUUAAGUUACAAUAUUCUGACACCAUAUUUGAGGUUAUGCUUUGCCUAUUGUGGGAUCUUUCCGAAAGGUCACAAUAUUAGUAAAGAAGAUCUUAUCCAUCAAUGGAUUGCUCUAGGUUUCAUUGAGCCAUCUAAUAACUUUUCAGCCAUACAACUUGGCGAGAAGUAUGUUAGGCAAUUCGUGGGGAUGUCUUUCCUUCAACAUUCAAAAUUGCCCAAGAAAUUUGGAAAAACAAUCUUCACCAUGCACGAUCUAGUGCAUGAUCUCGCAAGAUCGGUCAUUGCUGAAGAAUUGGUUGUCUUUGAUGCUAAAAAAGCGAGUGUUACUAGAAGAAAAGAAUACUGCCACUAUGCAUCUCUUACAAAUUACAAUAUUUCAGAUUACAGCCAGGCAAGGGAGAUGGCAACUAUUUUCCCAUCUAAAUUAAGGGCGAUGCAUUUUUCGGAUUGUGAAUUCCAUGGUGGUGCAUUUUCAUUGCCGAAGUGCUUGCGUGUCUUGGAUCUAUCUAGAUGCUCCAUCACAAAGUUUCCAAGCACUCUAGGACAAUUGAAACAACUGGAGAUUCUUAUUGCUCCAGAGCUGCAAGAUUGGAAAUUUUCUGAGAGUAUCACUCGGCUCUCAAAAUUAUGUUACCUGAACCUCACUGGAUCACGGAAAAUUUCAGCAAUACCAAGCUCGGUUGGCAAACUUGGGAGUCUAGCCCACCUUGACUUAUCUUAUUGCACCAAUGUCAAAGUCAUACCAGAGAGCCUUGGAAGCCUCAAAAACCUCCAAACACUAGACCUCACAUGGUGUGAAAAACUAGAGUCUCUUCCGGAGAGCCUUGGAAGCCUCCAAAACCUUCAAACACUCGACCUCUCAUGGUGCAAGAAACUAGAGUCCCUUCCGGAGAGCCUUGGAAGCCUCAAAAACCUUCAAACAUUGUACUUCAAAGGGUGUGGAAAACUAGAGUCCCUUCCAGAGAGCCUUGGAAGCCUAAAAAACCUUCAAACACUCGACCUCUCCGAGUGCUAUAAACUAGAGUCCCUUCCGGAGAGUCUUGGAAGCCUCAAAAACCUUCAAACACUCGACCUCACAUGGUCCGAUGAACUAAAGUCCCUCCCGGAGAGCAUCGGAAGCCUAAAAAACCUUCAAACAUUCAACCUCUCAUUUUGCAGGGAACUAAUGUCCCUUCCAGAGAGCCUUGGAAGCCUCAAAAACCUUCAAACAUUGUACUUCAAAGGGUGUGGAAAACUAGAGUCCCUUCCAGAGAGCCUUGGAAGCCUAAAAAACCUUCAAACACUCGACCUCUCCGAGUGCUAUAAACUAGAGUCCCUUCCGGAGAGUCUUGGAAGCCUCAAAAACCUUCAAACACUCGACCUCACAUGGUCCGAUGAACUAAAGUCCCUCCCGGAGAGUAUCGGAAGCCUAAAAAACCUUCAAACAUUCAACCUCUCAUUUUGCAGGGAACUAAUGUCCCUUCCAGAGAGCCUUGGAAACCUCAAAAACCUUCAAAGUCUGGACCUCACAUGGUGCCUUAAACUAGAGUCACUUCCCGAGAGCCUUGGAAGCCUCAAAUAUCUUCAAACUCUCGACCUCUCGUGGUGCGAGAAACUAGAGUCCCUUCCGGAGAGCCUUGAAAACCUGGCUGAAAACCUGAAAAUCGUUAGAAGAGGUUAA